AUGUCGGAAAGAUCUUGUCCUGUUGGCGGGCAAAAGGGUAGACCAGGUUCAGCAUGUCCUGUGGGCGCACAGCGAGUUGGUCCUCGAGGCUGCGCUUUUGCUGCAUAUCAGAUGUCCACACAAUCACACUAUACCCCGCAAGGUACCCUGGCUGAUAGCCAGUCCAUGGAAUAUCUUGUCUCCCAGGAGAGAAAGACCCUCUCGGAACUUCUUCUUCCUGAAGCGCCGCCACGGUCAGUUACCAACGGUCUGGCCAAUGCGGAUCACCUCAAUCCUCGAGAUCUUGAUGUAUUGGCUUCGGCCCUAGGGGCUCCAGCUCGGCAAGUUCUCAACAGAGCCGAGGAGCUUGGCCCUCGAACUGGCUGGAGGGAUGGCUAUCUCACAAGCUCACAUGGCUUUUGUCCUCCAGAUCCAUCGGCUGCUCCUGCUGCUCUUGCCAUGUCUCCUGGAAGGAUAUGGUCGGAUCUCUGUGAACGGAUGCCAGCAGUGGUGGCUCGAGGCAAAAUGCGCGAAUCAAUUCUAGCUCUACCUCUGGUUUAUGGCACCGAAGAUGUCAUUCCCGACCAAGCUCUCUGGGCGGCCACGGUUUGUCUUGGCAUCCUUGCUAGUGUGUACAGAUACGAAGAACGAAAUGAUGGGCAUGAGGGAAUUAGCGUGACGCCACCUCCAGGAACAUUUCGAAAUCUGUCGGGCGAAGCAGAUGAUGAAGAGGAAGAGACGAAAGGAAUUCCCAGGAACGUCGCCAUUCCUUUACGACAGAUAUGCACCCGCAUGGGCCGGGUGUUGCCUCAUUUGACACAAUACGAUGUCUCUGUCUACAAUUACAAACUCCGGGAUCCUACCAGCAUCAACCCAUACGUUGCACGCUGUGAGAACAUGGACUUGAGAUGGCCCGUUUUUAACGAUCGGGGUGAAGCCAUGUUUCUGUUGUGCAUGGCCGAGACCCAUGGCUGCUUCACCCAGGGUGUUGAGCUCAUUACAAGAUGUCAAGAACGGGUCAUGUUGAAGGACAAAGAAGGACUUCUUCGAGAACUGAUUCAAUUCAAAACUAUCGUCGACAGAUUUGUCCACGUCUUUCAAAAGAUCAGUGUCAACCCUAAUUCAGGAGAGAAUUUUGCAAACCCGGUCGAGUGGGGCCAACGAUAUGCUAAAUUCAGUGCUCCUCUUUCCAAGCGAGUCCCGGCUCUUUCUGGCCUUGCGUUGCCAGUCUUUUUACUGAUGGACGCAUUUAUUGGGAGAACAAAAUACGACAGCUUCCUCGGAAAAGAAGCUCUUCAUCUUCGUGCUUGGCUACCGAUGAACAUUCGAGCCUUCAUUGCUGCGGUCGAGUACCAUUAUCAAGUCCCCACCUUUGUCAAAGAAUCCGGUGAUCCUCGUUUGAUCGGGGUGAUGGAGGGCAUCCUGGAAGCAUACUUGUCGGAAAGAGGUUGGUUUGGACAACAUCGAUAUAAAGUCUAUGGCUUUCUGGAAGUUGUCGCAAAGACCGGUCGAAGCGAGACGAAUGGCAAUGCCGGCGCAACAGAUAAUGUCGGACGGCCCUGGGAAGAAGUUCACAAAACUCUCUCUGAGUCUAUGAGAGAACGUUUGGAGCCGUUUCGCGGCAAGGUGACUCUGCAACCACAUGAACUUCGUGGUUCCUUUGAGGAAUGUCGAUUCAAGGCCAGAAUUCUCUCCCGCUCAUUUGUGGAUGCGGAUCCCUCCCGAUCCACGGGCAUGGUAACUUUUGGUCUUGACGACACAGGUAUCACAUUUCAACCUGGAGAUCGCCUCACAGUUAUGCCUCUGAACAGCUGGACAGAGGUUAGAAAAGUAACUGCCGCAUUGGGGCUAGAUGACUUUCUUCAGAAACCAGUGCCGUUAUCACAUGCACCGGAUUGGAAUCGCUUUGCCAAACAUCUGAAGUCCAUUAAUCGAACAGACGGACCCCCUUCAUUGACGGUACAGGACAUACUACGACGGGGACAUCUUGCUCCACUGACAAAGGAUUUGAUCAUGGCUUUUCAUAUGGCUCUCCGUGCAUCGUCAUCAACUGUGGUCAAAGUCUUAGGAUCUGAAAUGUGGCCUGUGCAAGGUACCGUGGGAGAUUUGCUCCAACUUGCCGUUUCGGAAGUCUCACCAACGAUCUGGGACCGCGCAUUUGAUUUGGUCGAUUUGUCGUGGCUGCCAAAGUUGAUUCCUAUUGAAGUCCCACGGACUUACAGCAUUUCAAAUUACUCAAACGAAUUGCUCCCCAGUACGGUCGACCUCACCGUUGCUCGCAGUGAAUAUCGGUUGGCGUCAGUGCUGGACGCAGGUCUAUCUCCCAGCAACACACGCUACGGUGUGAGUAGUGGUUGCCUCAACCCGGACCCGUCUCAUUCAGAGGAGAUGUUCGAUGACGAGGAAUACCUGAUUGGCGUGUCUCGCCCUCUCAAUUUCCAACUGCCUGUCACGAUGACUGGCCCCGUUGCCAUGUUUGCUGGCGGCUCAGGUAUUGCGCCUUUUCGUGGAUUUUGGCAAGCCAGAACACAAACAAGUGUUGGUCGAAAUAUUCUUUUCCUCGGUGUUCAAUCACGAGAGCGGUUUUCUUAUGAGCACGAACUGAGGGAAUAUGUCCGAACCGGCCAGAUCGAGCUGCACACGGCAUUUUCACGUGACAAAAACGGCCUCAUGUAUGACCCAGUAUCUCGAGACCUGGUCGAAAAGCAAAUGAAUCCUCGAUAUCUCGAUGCCGCUAUUGUCGAACAAGGGCGGACGGUGUGCGACAUGGUCAUCUCAAAGAGUCAGGGCGGUCUCGGAGGACAUCUGUAUAUUUGCGGCUCCAUUUCGAUGUACGAGACGAUCAUGUCCGGCAUUCGUCAAGCAAUUUAUCAAAACUGGACCUCAACAAAAGAAUCGGCCGACAGCUUGCUGGCGAAGGCCUUUGCCGAGAGACGCUUUAUGUUGGACAUCUUCAUGACACCACGCCCUAUCAGCUAUGCCACCCCACGAAUACCACUCUCCAAGCUUGCGUUGAAUACUGGGCACCGCAAAGGGACUCGGAUGUUGAUUGGUGUGCACGGAGGAGUUUAUGAUAUCACCGACUUUCUUCCAAUUCAUCCGGGCGGGACGUUGAUUGCUCAGGCGAGUGCCGGCCUCGACGCUUCGAAGACUUUUGACGACGUUGCCCACACGACAAAUCCAGAGGUCAUGAGUCUGUUGUCCAAGUACUUUGUCGGUCACCUCGCCGGAAAACCAGACUUCAGAUCAAGUGAGAUCAGCAGCCUAUAUGACCUUUGGUAUCAGUAUCUGCGAACUUGUGUUGAGACUCUCACAACUUUACACUUUGAAGUCAACUACAUUCAGGAAGACGCCCGUACGUGGUUUCAAGGCGAUCUCUUCAACAUGGGCGGGGUCAGAAAAUUCUACCAAUUCCAAUCGAGGUUGAUGCAGAAUGGAUUCUCGACUUUAUUCGGGGCAAAACUACAAGAGCUGCAUCUGAAACUCACCUUUGCACUCGUGAAUUCCGGAACUCCAGACACUCGCGUACCCGAUGUGAUUGGUACCAUCACGAGGACACAAUCAUCUGCAGCUUCUGCAGCGGCCGCCAAUGAGAUCUCACAGAUUGGCUCGUUUGUCUGCAAUAGUCAAAAUGCUCAAUUUCAGGAGAAUGGAAUCUUACGGUAUGCCCGAGCCGUGACCGAAUUAGAUGUUCAAUUUCUAGAAGAAAUCCGAGAGGACAUUUGCCUAGGUAUGGAUGCAUUUGACGUCGUCGAAUCAAUGGAAGUCGCCUCGAACACCGAAAAGCAUAAGCUGGUCAGCCUUACUGCAUAUCUCCUUUCGGUCUUGGAGCGGGCGGCACAGCGACUCGAGACGUUUUAUUCCCGGCUAUCUAGAGAAUCGAUUUACCGCCCAGAGCUUGAGAAGAAUCCGGCCAGGACACGAUGGAACGUGCUGAAACGCAAAAUACGUGAUGGGUCGUUUUUCAUCUUGGCUCAAGGUUCUAUGUUUAACGGAUCAAAGGAUGCCACAAAGCCAUAUCGGUCUACAAGAUAUGCGAACCAAGACAUUGUUUUUGCCCAAGUCGUUUCUCAGGCCAGGGAGGCCGUCGAUGUUGGUCAGAGGGCCGCCAGCAUUGCCGAACAUUAUGAAUCCUCCCCCGGAUCCUCCCCGGAUUCUAACCGGCAACGUCGUCUCGCCGAUUCACAUACGGCACGAGCAGCCCCAAGUGCCAAAGCACCAUCAUCUUUUGAGGUGCACCAGUCUCGCAACGCACUUCAAUCGAUCUCGACAUUCAUGGAUUCCAAUGUCCAAUCUAUCAAACGGCUCAGCCAGCUACCCUCCGAUCUCAGCUUUGCACACAUUAUGGCUGCAUAUGGUACAUCUGGCAGAAGGCCGCCUCAUCAGCUUUCCAUACGGCCAGUGAAGGAAGUCGAUAAGCGGCCUCUUCCACCCGUAACGCAUCAACGCGGUGAAUCUCAAUCAUCCUAUGCUGGCCGGCGGCCUGCGCCUCCCUCCACAAGCUCCUCGAGAUCUGUGUCCAGAAACAGGGAAAAUUCGGCAGGGGACACUGCGCCUCGCCUCAUGCGCCGAGGGACUAAUAACUCCAUCUCCAGCGCAACGGGACUUCCUCAUCACCCGGCCCCAAGUGUUCAGAGCCAUAUGUCCUUCGUUGGUAGGCCAGUCGUCCAAUCCCGUUCCGCGACGCCAACAUCCAUGAAUACAUCUGCCAUGCCGUUGCCACUUCAACUAUCGAGCCGAACCCGAUCUCAAUCACGAACGAGAUCUGAUUCUGAGAAAGGGCUGAAUCAACGCCAGGUCAGUGAUAUCUCAGAGCGAACAUUUGGUUUACCUGGUCCGGCCGCACAACCAGGCCUUGCCAGACGCCAAACAUCAGCUUCUUCUCCUCAGAAUAGAAUGAUGAUCGAGCCUCCAUCUCCAAGUAGUCCAUUAUCACAGGGCGGCCGGCUGCAGGAUUUCCCCACGAGCGAUAUUCCGGCUACACAGUCUACGACAACGCGGAUGAAUGAUAGACUGCUAGCCCAGAUGCAGCAACAAAACGAGCUUAUCCUCAAAGCUCAAGUUACAGGACCUGGUCCUGCCUUGGCAAGUUCAAGUGGACCGGAUGCUCUCAACGGCGGCUUGAAGGCAUUGAAGCUGGCGCCUGCGCCAUCUCUGAACACAGCUCUGAGAAACAAGGAAAAUGCAAGCCCGGGAAACAAUAUGCCGGACUUUGUGGGGACUGAUGGAAUAGAGAGAUUCAGGGUACCUAUGAUGCCUUUGAAUGUGCGAUAA